CAAAAUCUUCGUUCUCUCUCUCAAUGAUCAUCAUUUCCAUUCCGAGUUUCUUCUUUGGGUUUUGAUUGAAUCGUUCGUCGUCGUUUUGCACAACCAGGAAAGUUUAGGUCAUUCCAGAGCAGUCUGCAUUUUGCAGUGAAAACCAUUAGAACAACCAAAGCAUUUAACUGAAAAGUAAGAAUGUCCGGGGUAUCUCUUGCUGUGGCUCCUAGAAGUGAGCCUGACCAAACAAUAGCACCAGGGGAGAAACCUGACCACAAACCUCUUCGCCAGCAGCAGCAGCAGCAACAAUCGGUGGUGGGAGGUGUAAUGGGAUCAUUGCGUGUGAUUGAACUGCAACUAGUAGCUUUCAUUUUGGUUUUCUCAGUUAGUGGCCUUGUCCCACUCCUUGAUUUAGUCUUCCCAGCUUUUGCCUCCACUUACAUUAUCGCCCUUUCACGCUUUGCCUUCCCAUCCCAUGGCCAUGUAUCAACCGGCUCGCAAGAGAUUUUCCACGGCAGCAAACUCUUUAGGCUCUAUGUGAUUCUUGGAACUACAAUAGGGCUUUUCUUGCCACUGGCGUAUGUAUUGGGCGGCUUUGCGAGGGGUGAUAAUAAUGCUGUUCGAUCAGCAACACCUCACUUGUUCUUGCUUUCUUUUCAAAUACUAACAGAAAAUGUGAUAAGUGGGCUGUCUUUAUUUUCACCACCGGUGAGGGCACUUGUCCCAUUACUGUAUACAGUUAGGAGAAUCUUUGUUAUCCUUGACUGGAUGCAUGACGUUUGGCUCAACAAAACUCUGCCUGCAAAUGCACAACUGAAGGACAUUGCAUGGGAUUGGUUUGGGAAGGGCCUGGCCGUUGCAAACCUAUCGUACUUCUCGAUCAAUCUCUUAUGCUUUUUGAUUCCUCGAUUCCUCCCUCGGGCCUUUGAGAGGUAUUUUAGGGAGAGGGAUGAGGUUCAUGGUAAGAUGUCAGAGGACAAGCGUCCUACAGCAGCAAACAAGUCUCAAGCAACAGAUAAGAAAGUCGAUUGACUCUGCUCUCAGGUGUUUAUCUGCUUUCUCGCACCACUUGAAGUGGUUGCAGUGUGUUAAACAGUCUGCUGCAUCUAAACAGUCGUCCUCUUUGUAGACUUCUUGACAAUGACAAUGUUAGAAUAUUCAUUUGUCUCGCUUAUUCGUUUAUCUACCUUAGAUUAAUUUUAAAUAAAUCUUUCUUUGCUUUGUAUGAGAAGUCUUUGUUUCUUUGUGCGGUACUAUCGCCAUAAGGCAGGCUUGCAGCCUACC